CCCUCACCUUGUCCCUACCAGACAUGGUUGAUUACAAAACCCGCAAAGUCAGGAUGGAAUAGUUGUUAGGAGGACUAUAUGCUCAGUCUCCAACUCCUGUCCAACUCUUUUCCAAUCUAUCACAUCCAAACUAUCACCCGCACCCGUAUCUAUUAACCAACCACAAAGACCUCAUAUUCGCUUAGUUUGAGCCAAAGUGCUGAUCCCCGUUCAACCUCUAACCACAAUUUCGUCCCCCACAGUCUAGGUUGUGGACCUACGAACCAGCACAUUCAUUCAAAACAUCGUGUCAUAUCAUCUCACGAAGACUGUUUACUAUCUGGAUCUCCUUGUAUCCUGACCUCUGCCACUUUUUUGAUUUGCGUGCAUUUUCAUCACCAGAUUUCGCUUGCUCAGUUACACCAUGGAAGAGCCGGAAUCCAAGACCGCGGUGCAGCCGGGUCCAUCGACAACUGCCCAAGGGUCAACACGCAAGAAGCCACGCAGAGGCGCCGACUCUGCCAGUCAGAAGAGGCGAUGCGUGAGUACGGCGUGUAUAGCGUGCCGGAAACGCAAGUCCAAGUGCGAUGGUGCCCUUCCCAGUUGCGCUGCGUGCUCCAGCGUAUAUGGAACUGAGUGUGUUUAUGAUCCUAACUCAGACCAUCGCCGGAAGGGUGUUUAUCGCGAAAAGGUCGACAGCAUGAAGGCACGCAAUUCGACCUUACAGAUUCUAAUCGAAGCUAUAUUGAAUGCUGAAGAAGACGACGUGUUGGGCAUUGUUCAGAAAAUCCGUACCUGCAAUAGCCUUGACGCUGUUGCCGAAGAUAUUAUCAAGCUGCAACAGCAGCAGCCACUACAGCAACAACCGCCACAACCGACAAUUCCGUUGGCUAAUGAUGAUUCUGAUGAUUAUGAUCAAUCCAAUGAUAAUUAUACUACCGACCAACCCGAGCAGGGUGAAAGGGAUCUGGCUCGCAAAAUGGGUGAGCUCAGACUCGAGAACGGUAACGUUCGCUUCAUCGGAGGUACCUCUCAUCUUAUCUAUCUGAGUGACCCGACUCACGAAGGAGAAAUGGAGCCAAAUUUUGAAGAUUACACAGCUGGACAGGAUCCUAUUACUUCUUGGACUCGCGUCACCCAAGACACUCAGCUCAUCACUCACCUAAUCAACAUGUAUUUCAACUGGCACUACCCUUACUUUACCACGCUCUCAAAAACACUCUUCUUCCAAGACUUUUUGAGAGGCAAGGCCGGGAUAGGACGAGGUACUGCAUACUGUUCAUCACUCUUGGUCAACGCUAUGCUCGCUUUGGGUUGCCAUUUUACAAGUGUAGCCGGCGCCUAUGGUACCCCUGGCGAUAGCCGGACGAAAGGCGAUCAUUUUUUUGCUGAGGCAAAACGCUUGAUUGUUGAAAACGACGAAUACGAAAAACCCCGAUUAGUUACCGUUCAAGCAUUGGCACUCAUGUCGGUGAGAGAAGCCGGUUGUGCUCGCGAAGCCAAGGGGUGGGUUUAUAGCGGAAUGAGUUUCCGCAUGGCUGAAGAUAUUGGCCUGAACCUAGAUGUUGGCCAGCUCGACAAAGAACGAAUGAGUGAUUAUGAGAUUGAUGCCAGGCGAAUUACAUUCUGGGGCUGCUAUCUGUUCGACAAAUGCUGGUCCAAUUACCUCGGCAGGCUGCCUCAGAUCCCCAAGAGUUCGUUCAACGUUUCCAAAUUCGAUGUAUUCCCCGACGAAGAUGCGGAAUCAUGGUCGCCUUAUACGGACAGUGGAUUUGACCAGUCAUUUAAACAACCAGCACGAACACGAGCUAUUGCUCUGCAGAUGUCAAAGCUUUCCGAGAUCAGUAGUGAUUUGCUCGCCUUCUUCUACCAUCCAAGUCACAUUGGCAGGUCCAGUGGGAAGACGGUAGAACUCAAGAAGUUAAGUGAGCUGCAUCGCCGUCUAGAAGAGUGGCGAAAAGAACUUCCAAGGGAGUUUGAGCCUAAAGAUGGCCAGCUACCCAAUGUGCUUCUCAUGCACAUGUUCUUUCAUCUCCAAUACAUACAUCUCUUCCGACCUUUCCUAAAGUACUCACCUACUUCUUCGCCUCUUCCGCCACAUGUCUCACCCCGCCGUAUUUGUACAGCAAAUGCUGGAGCAAUCUCAAAACUGCUUCGAUUGUACAAGAAGCUUUGGAACUUGCGCCAGAUUUGUAACAUCGCAGUGUAUAUGGUGCACAGCGCAUGCACAAUCCAUUUACUAAAUCUUCCCGAGAAAACUGCUCGUCGGGAUAUCACUCAUGGGGUAAAGCACCUCGAAGAAAUUGCGGAAGAUUGGCUUUGCGCGAGAAGAACCUUGAGUAUCCUGAGCGUUCUCGCCCGGAAGUGGAAUUGCGAACUCCCUGAGGAUGCAGCAUUCGUGCUUCAUCGGGCCGACGAAAAAUACGGAACAUACAGCACAUCUGAUGUCCCAUCACCUCAUUCGCAGGCAGGAGCUUCGCCCCUUUCUGAUGGUGGUCUGGGGAUGAAGGUCAUGGGUGAAUACAGCCCCUUUCCCCCGUAUAAUCGAGCACAAUUGGCUCGACCGAUGCAACAGCUUCAACAGCAACAGCAACAGCCGCAGCACCAGCCUCAAAGAUCUGUAACAGACGCCAUGCUGACAAGCGCCCCGCUGUCGAACACCAUCCUUUCUCAGCAACAGGGGAUUCCUUUGAACAGAUCCAACGCAGGAUUUGGACCCGAGCCUAUGGGUGGAUGGGGUUCUGUCCCUGUCACAUCAUCGAUGCCAUCUUAUCAGCAGGCAUUUGCACCCAUCAACCGCAACAGCAUGGCAAACGCCGGCACAAGUGUCCCGCCCGUCAGCAAUCCUCCAACAUCCAACCGGUCUAUGAGGAUGGAUGGGCAAGAAUGGUUCUUGAACGACAGCGCAAGGUGGCACCAGAGUUUUGAGGCCUGGCAGAUGGCCAACAAUGGACAGGACAAUUCUGUGUUCAUGUUUGGUGACAGCAACAAUCAGGAUACCCCUAACAGCAGCACAGAAGGUAGCGGCAAUAUGCAAGCUGAAACAAAUGACCAGAUAGCAGCGCUUGAUGGGUUAGGAGCUUCAUUAUCCCGUGGUGGAUGGCUUCCGGGCUUAGAUUAAAGGGGCAGAAAAUUCCCGCUACGAUACUGUAAAUAUUACUGCAUUUGUUUUUAAUAGUCACGACUUGGAUGAAGAAUUUUCAGUUACUAGAUGGGGAUCGGAGUUGGUCGUCAAAAGUAUACUAGCCAAAACAAGAAGCAUAAAUUAAUUG